CCACUCUCUCUAAAGCAUAAUCGACCCAUUCGAAGAAACAAAUCAACCGUUUCACAAAACCCAUCAAAGCAAAGAACCUUUACGUUUCGAGAGAGAGAGAGAGAGAGAGAGAGAGAGAGGGGUGGGCUAAGGAUUUAAUUAUUAUCCCUUUUGAAACCGGUGCGAGAGUGACCCAAUUCCUUUCGCUCACGAAUCUGCUUCUCUUUGUCUUCACUCAAUCGCUCGAAGCACAGUGACCCAUCUCCCAUUUCUGCUGCCUCUUCUUCUUCCCUUUCCUAUUUUCUGUUGGAGUUGGGUUUCAGGACUCCGCGAAAAUGGGGUUGCUGUCUGGGAUCUUUAUGGGGGUUAUCUUUGGGGUUUCAUUGAUGGCUGGGUGGCAGCAUAUGAUGAGGCGCAGAAGCACCAAAAGAAUUGCCAAGGCUGCUGAUAUGAAAAUUCUCGGUUCUCUUAGUCGAGAUGAUUUAAAGAAAUUAUGUGGAGAUAAUUUUCCCGAAUGGAUCUCCUUCCCAGUUUAUGAGCAGGUGAAAUGGCUUAACAAGCUACUGAGCAAGAUGUGGCCGUUUGUUGCAGAUGCAGCAGAGUUGGUUAUAAGGGAAUCUGUUGAACCUCUGUUGGAAGAGUACCGACCUCCAGGAAUUACGUCGUUAAAGUUCAGCAAAUUAUCUCUUGGCUCAGUGGCGCCUAAAAUUGAAGGUAUACGUGUUCAGAGUCUAAAACAAGGACAAAUCACAAUGGAUAUCGACCUUCGAUGGGGCGGAGAUCCAAGCAUCAUUUUAGCUGUUGAAGCUGCACUUGUUGCUUCAAUACCCAUUCAGCUGAAGGAUCUUCAAGUUUUUACUGUCGUUCGGGUUAUUUUUCAACUUGCUGAAGAAAUACCCUGUAUUUCUGCUGUUGUUGUGGCCCUACUUGCUGAGCCGGAGCCAAAAAUUUUAUAUACUCUGAAGGCUGUUGGUGGAAGCCUAACUGCUGUUCCUGGACUUUCAGAUAUGAUUGAUGAUACUGUGAAGACAAUUGUUAAUGAUAUGCUCAAAUGGCCCCAUAGGAUUGUUGUUCCAAUCGGUGGCAUACCUUUCGAUUUAAGUGAGUUAGAGCUUAAACCACAAGGAAAGCUUACUUUGACUGUGGUGAAAGCUAACAGCUUGAAGAACAUGGAAAUGAUAGGGAAAUCAGAUCCUUAUGCUGUUGUGCAUAUUCGGCCGCUGUUUAAAUUCAAAACAAAAACUAUCGAAAACAACCUCAACCCGGAUUGGGACGAGAAAUUUGAGCUGAUUGUAGAGGACAGGGAGACACAAGCAGUCAUCAUUGAGGUUUUUGAUAAGGACAUUGGUCAAGAUAAGCAACUGGGGAUAGCAAAAUUACCUCUGAUUGAUCUUCAAGCAGAGGCCAGUAAGGAGGUUGUGUUGCCAUUGCUUGCAUCGCUUAACACGUUGAAAGUGAAAGACAAGAAAGAUCGAGGAACUGUUACGAUCAAGGUUCAUUACCAUGAGUUUAACAAGGAGGAGCAGUUGAUAGCUCUGGAAGAAGAGAAGAGGAUCCUUGAAGAGAGAAAGAGGCUGAAGGAGGAGGGAGUUUUAGGUAGCACAAUGGAAGCACUGGACGGAGCAGCAUCUUUGGUUGGGUCUGGUGUGGGUAUGGUGGGCACUGGCGUUGGCAUGGUUGGAACCGGCCUUGGUGCUGUUGGCAGUGGCCUGUCAAAGGCUGGAAGGUUCAUGGGGCGGACCCUCACCGGCCAAUCUAGUCACGCCAGAAAGAGCAGUUCUUCUUCAACCCCAGUAAACAGUGUCCAGGAAAACGAUGGAGCGAAGCCAUUGUAGUUACAUUCGUCGGUGUGCAGCGUGACAGGUAGGAAUUCUGUAAUAUCAACUGGGUUUGUAUCGUUUAAGAUUCUUGUGUGUAUCGUUCUUCGACCCAUAGUGUUCACGUUUUUUUUAUGUAUUUGAACUGGAAAUGAACUGGAAAUGAACUGGAAAUGUUUGCAUAAACACUGUAAAGUUCUUCCCUAGAAUGUGAAUUUGUUGAGAUACUGGUGAAGA